AUGGCGGCGAGAAAAUCCAGAGGUAAAGUGUGGAACGAUGAGGAAACAAGAGCCCUUAUUACUUUAUGGUGCGAUGAGACGAUACAAGUCGCCUUGGACAAUUCGAAAAGUUCCAAGGACACGAGUAAAGUAUACAAAACGUUGCUAGUAAGUAUCAUAUCGUAGAUGUUUUGUUAGUCAGUAUAAUUUACAAGUUAGUCAGCAUAUACAUGAUCACUUUUUAAACUGUCACUCUUCUGAAAUAUUUGUGGUUGGUUUAUAGAGUCAGUUGCAGGAAAGAGGAUACAAGGAUAUCUCUUUGAAAGAGGUAGUUAAUAAAAUGAAGAAACUUCGACAAAAAUAUAAAGCUGAAAAGGAUAAUGCUAGAAAAAGUGGAAACAACAGGAAAAAACCAUGGAAGUAUUUUGAACAAUUGGACCGAUUUCUCUCACAAAAACACAAUGUUACCCCAGCAGCUCUUCUUGAUACAAUGGAUGCCUGUCAAGAAGAUGAUGAGCUUAAUUUGCAGAAAAAUGUUGCAGACAAUCAUAGUGAAAAUGAUCAUACAGUUGGUAUGAAUUUUGGUAAACAUGUAUAUAUAUAUAUAUAUAUAUAUAUAUAUAUAUAUAUAUAUAUAUAUAUAUAUAUAUAUAUAUAUAUAUAUAUAUAUAUACAGGGUGUAUUAAAAAAAAGUUGACCCUUUGAAAUUCAGAUUGUAUUAUUUGACAACUCUAAUCUUGUCCCAUGAGUACAAGCCUUGUGUUCUUAUGCAUUCAUUAAUUCGAGCUGUCAAAUUAAUACAUUAGCUUGUCACUAAUUUGAAUUUGAAAGGGUAUACUUUUUUUUGAUACACCCUGUGCACAUAUAUAUAUAUAUAUAUAUAGUGUUUUAGUGCAGACAGCAAUCGUCAGACAGCAUGUUAUAUUUAUAAAAAGUACAAAGUUCCCCAGAUCAAAUAAAUUUUUAUUAAAAAUGCAUUUUUAAUAUUAUUUAUUUUUAUUUAUUUAUUUUUGUAUUUAAAAUUUAUUUGAUCCGGAGAACUUUGUACUUUUUAUUGAUUAACAUAAUAUAUAUGCCUAUAUACAAAACGUAUAACAAUAUAUAUCAAUUAUAUCAAUAUAUAUUUGUAUAAUGUUGUGACAAUGACAGUAUACUUCAAAGAAACAAGUUAAACUUUAUUUUAGGACUUUGGAGUUUUUUAUUUUCUCUAUAGUUGACACUCUCAAGAGAAAAUAUGGCGAAGGUGAAAACUCCUUAAGGAAGUGCGAGACAUGUGAUUAUGAACAAGUUAUUUAUAGUGGUGGAGUACAUGAGACAGAAGAUGGUUGUGUAAGGGUAUAUGCAGAAGAAGACAAAUUUUUAUUUCCUAAUUGUCAAUGUGAUAAUGACAAUGGAACCUCUAAUAAUUUAGGUGAUCAUUAGGAAACAGAUUUUAAUCACAAUUAACAAAUUCAAAAUAAUUAGUUGUGCUUUGUACACAAAAUGGAGUUGCUUCUGGUAUAAUAAUAUAUUUCGGUUGAUAGCAUAAAUUCCUCUAUUUAGCCCUUCUUCUAAUAAGCCUCCAGGAUUGCCCGUAUUGAUAUAGGGAAAAUAUUGAUAUAGGGAAAUAUUUUGUGUAUUUUAGUAGAUUCACAUACCCAAGUUCUUAGGGUGAAAAUUUCCCACUCUUUAUUUAGCCCCCUAUCAAAUAAAGAUAGCAAAUAAAAAUAAGCCCUUAAGGGGGAAGGGUGAGGGGGGGGGGGGAUUCAGGAUACAGAAUAUAAUAUGUAGUAUUUUUUUAGAAGAGAAAGAUCUCAACCAAAAUGAAGAAAUUGGCAAACAGCAUGGAGAAUUAACAAAUCAAAAUCCAGGCAUGAACCAAAAACCUGAAGUUAACCAAAAACCUCAAAAUGACCAAGAAGCCGAAUAUGGUGGACAACAUGGUAAAGCUACAGGUUGCGAAAAGUUGGAAAUAGGAAAAAGGAAAAAAAGAAAAACAUCUGUGGAAAAAAGCAUCGAGAUGGUUAUGGAACAGUUCAAAACUGUGACUAAAGAUGAAUUUGAAAGGUAUCACUGAUUUCGAAUAAUUUAUUAGCCCAAAGAAGUUCAAAUAAGUGGGUAUCCAAUUUCUCAUUGGUUAAACCUAGGGAUGUACUGUAGGGUAUAGGCAUGAAUGGCAGAGAUGGAUCUAUGGCUAGUGCAAUAAUUGCAUAUACAUUUAUUUGUCAUGUCCAUAGGCGUACAAGGCAGGUGGGGCAGCUGCCCCCUGAAUGUUUUCAAACUAGGGUAAGUCGAGCAAAUAUUGAGUGAAAGUCGGGUCAGGCAAAUUUUGAAUGAAAGUCGGUAAAAAAAUGAAAGUUACUUGUUAAAACGUUAGAAAUAUAUAUUUUUCAUAACGCUGGAAUUCCUAAAACCAGGGGUGGAAAAAAUAGGCGAGCACCGCUCGCAGGAAAUGUUAGAUAACUGCAGGAAAUUUGAAAACUCUAACACACAAAUUCCACUAUGGAAGCAAAAGCUUAUAGUUGUCAGACAUCUUUACUUAAAUUUUCUGCUAGGGUACUACAUUUAAACACAGGGUUAGCACAGAAUCAUUUGGUUGGUCUGCAGGAAUUCUUUAUCCCCAGGUUGUGCUCCCAGGAAGAAAAUUAUUUUUUCCUGCCCUGCCUAAAACAAUGUAACGAUGGCAAGGAGAAAAUAACUGCAAGCCUUUUCUUGUAUUUGGUCGUGAAAAAAUAAAGGCAGAAUUAUGUAGUAAAAGUCACUGCCCCCAAAAAACUUGGGCGCUUGUAUGCCUAUGGUCAUGUCUGACAAAUUCUUUUGAAAUCAAAUAUAAAAUUAUAAAUCACAUAGAUAUCAAAAACAACUCGUCAGGUAUGACAAGGAAAUGAACAUACACCUUCCCUUCCACAAUUAUCGUGCUACAUCCAUCCUUCAUCAGAGUCGGACCCAGCAAUUACUUUAACAAGGUAUAUGGAAAGGCAGAUGUCCUAAGAAAUGUCAGUCAAACCAGAGAAAGGAUAUGCAAUAAUCUGUGCAUGUGAUACAUCAAAUAUAUUCCCUAUAUUAUAGAAAUACAAAGCUAGAAGAAUCAAGACUUGAAAAGGAACAUGCGUUGCAACUGGAACAGAUGAGAUUAGAGAAUGAACGACGUCGAGAAGAAAGAGAGCACGAGUUGAAGAUUUUCCAGCUGCUUAUGGGAAAACAGGUUCCGGUGGCUCAACCUUUAGCUUUCCCACCAGUCGCAUAUGCCCAGCACUAUGGUACCGGUACAGUGCAACAACAAGCCUUUGGAAGUACAAGUUCGUGCGGAAAUGGUAGCUUUUGUGAUGAGUCUGAUGACAACGAGAAAACUUAUUUCAAACUGUAA